AUUUCUCUUUGCUUAUAUGCAGUGUUCGAGGAAUCCCUGUAUCUUCCUUUGUCUCAAUCGUCAAUUCUCCAUUAAAUAACACUCUGCAUAGCUUUUGUAAGAUCAUUAAAAAGGGGUCAUUUUCAAGGACAAAGACAAAGUAAAAUAGGAAGAGAAAAUGGAGGUUGGGAAUGGAAGGAAAAUAUGCAGAGAGAAUAGUCCAGAAAGAGGGAAAUCACAAAGAAGAAUAUCAUCAGUGAUAAGGCCAAGUUUCAGAAAGGUUCAAGUUGUGUAUUAUUUAACAAGAAAUGGCCAACUUGAACAUCCUCAUUACAUGGAAGUUACUCAUCUUUCUCAUCAACAGCUUCGCUUGAAAGAUGUAAUUGAUAGGCUUACUGUCUUGAGAGGCAGAGGCAUGCCUUCACUCUAUUCUUGGUCUUGCAAAAGGAGCUACAAGAAUGGUUAUGUGUGGAAUGAUUUGGCUGAAAAUGAUUUCAUUUGCCCUUCUGAAGGAGCUGAGUAUGUUCUCAAAGGAUCUGAAAUUAUUGAAGGAUCCACAGAAAAAUUUCAGCACCUUCAUAUAGCAGAGAGUCCACAAUUAAUGAGAGACAGGCAACAAGUUCAAGACUCAAGCAACUUCUUACCAAAACGCAAAUCGAUAGGCUCAAAACGACAUGAUGCAGAGCCAGAAAUAGUUCAAAACAACCACGUCCAUUACCUAGACGAAAAUGAAGAAGAAUAUGAAGAGAAAUCAAGUUACAGUACUAGCUCAACCACACCAAAUUCCACUUGCUCUAGAGGUGUUUGUACUGAUGAUCAUCACAACGAAUUAAUCCAACAACAACAAGAAGCAAUAACUCGGAAAAAUCACGCCGAGUUAACUAAUACCAACUCGUUAUUAUCUCCUCCUUCAGCAACUUCCUCUUCACUCUCAGACAAGCCCAAUAAUGAAGCCACCAACACCUCCAAAAGGUUCGAAGAUGGUGACCCGGUGGCAACCGAGUCAUUACUGAGUCGGAACUCGGUGCUCUUCCAACUCAUUUCAUGCGGCGGCUCAGUGUCGUUCAGAGGAAAGACUAGUGAGCCGCCACAAGUUGUGAAGCAACAACCUCCGCCACCACCAUCGCCGCCAUCCACUGUGGUGGUGGGAAGGAAGAGUAGUAGUAGUAGUAGUUGUGCUAGUUUUCAUAAAGGAGUAUUGUGCAAGGCAGCAAUGAAGAAUAUUAUUAAUAAUGAGGAGAUGGAAGAGAUAAAGUACAUGUCCGAGAAUCCAAGAUUUGGGAAUUUACAAUCGGAGGAGAAAGAAUAUUUCAGUGGGAGCAUUGUUGAAUCAAUGACAAUGGAGGAGAGAACUGCUAAAAUUGAGCCAAAGUUGAAGAAAUCAUCUUCCUACAAUGAAGAGAGGAGCUCAAAGGCAGGGUUGAGAGAAGCAUUGGUAGAAGAGGAGGAGGAAUUGAAGAAGGAAAAGGCUGUAAAAGGAAAAUGCAUUCCAAGGAAAAAGUCUUCCUCUAAACAGUCCAAAAAAUGACCUUUCUUCUGCUCUGCCAGCAAAAGGUGUUCUUGGGGCUUUACUAGGAACUUCAAUGACAGUUUUAGGCUUUCUUCUGUUUUAGGCUUUUAGCUCCACAACACAGACGCACUUAUUUCUGUAGAGUUGCAAAAAAAAGAAAAAGAAUCUAUUAAAGUUUUCAUCGGAAUGCUGGGAAUCAAGGAAGUGAGAUUUAAUUAAGGACUUAGUAUUAGAUUGUUAUUGAACUCUUCAUCUGUGAAUCAAACCCCCCUCAAGUUUUCUGAGCAACUUUGUUGAUUUUACAAAAAACAAUUUGUGUCGCAAUUAACAUCUUUCCAGUACAGUUUUAAAUGAAAAUGUGGGAAUCUUACG